GCUUAGGUGACAGGAGCCUCUCAUUUAAGUUCCCAAUAAUAUUUUCAUUUUCAUUCAAACAUCACAAAAGCCCAGAGAGGGAGAUAUCCAGCGAUACUAGGAUGUCGAAGCCCACCAGCAUCAAGGAUGCCCUGGCCAAGUGGGAGGAUCGCAACAAGCAGCCGGUCGCAACGGCCACUGACAUUGGUCUCCAGUUCCAGUACCCGCCGAUCGAGAAGAUGGAUCCGAUCCUAAACAGCCUAACCGAGUGCCAGAAGUUGAGCCUCUCCUCGAACAUGAUCGAGAAGAUUUCCGGCAUCUCGGGCAUGAAGAACCUGCGCGUCCUGAGCCUGGCGCGAAACAACCUAAAAACGCUGAAUGGCAUUGAGCCGCUGGCCGAAACCCUGGAGGAGCUUUGGGUCAGCUACAACAAUAUCGAGAAGAUCAAGCCCCUAGAGGCGAUGAAGGCCCUGAAGGUGUUCUACAUUUCGCACAAUGUGAUCAAGGACUGGGCGGAGUUCAAUCGUAUGGCGAUUCCCCCGAACCUCUCAGAAAUCUGUUUUGUGGGCAAUAUCCUUAGCGAGAAUAUGGAGCCGGCUUUGUUUGCCUCCGAGGCAAUUCGCCGUCUGCCCAACCUCAAGAAACUGGACGGAGAGCCGGUUAUUCGUUAGUAAAAAAUGCGCUAGUUGCUUUACGUUGACAAUACAUUGUGUUAUUAAA